UUAAAACAAAACAAAACAAAACAAAACAAAACAAACAAACAAACAAACAAAAAAAAACCAACAGGAAGUCUGCAAAGUUGUAUACAUUUUCUUACUCUUUUUUUACAUACUUCCUUCAAUGCCUCCGGCUUGCUAAGCAUCACUCGAUGCCCGCUGCAUUAGACCGAGCCGGAGAACUCGGGACGGUGUCGCUCGGUCAAGGCGGUGUCAGCAGCCCCGGGCGGUGCGCGCUCCCGGGCGGUGCGCGCUCCCGGGCGGUGCGCGCUCCCGGGCGGUGCGCGCUCCCGGGCGGUGCGCGCUCCCGGGCGGUGCGCGCUCCCGGGCGGUGCGCGCUCCCGGGCGGUGCGCGCUCCCGGGCGGUGCGCGCAGGGCCUGCGAGCACCGCCUGCCCUCCAGCGGCAGCGGCCGGGCAGCGCCGGGCUCACGGGGGAAAGGCGGAUAGAGCUGCAGGAGCAGCUGGAAGGUGACCUGCGAGGAACCGAGCCCUGCCGGGAAGGGGCCGGAGGAAGGGAAAGGCGCGCUUUGCCCAGGGGUUAAGCAGACUGCAAGGCAAGGCAAACGCAUCCCCUGAAGGAAGGCGGAUGACUCGGGCACCAAGGCAGCAGCGGGCCCACUGCCUCAGCAAUGAGAGCACACUCCUUCCUCCAACCAUCCCUUCAGCCAUCCCUCCUCCCAGGUCCUGCCUCAGCUUUAGAGCUGAGAUAUACAGCUCUUUGGCCACACAUAAAUGCAAACUCCCAGCUCUGGUGCCCCAUGUCAAAUAACUGAAUGCCUAAGCAUGGACCAGGGUGAAAUAAUGAUCCUAAUUUAUUCUACUUUCUUCAACCAGUCUUUUCCUUGGGUCCUGCGCCGUUUCCUCCAUUAACUACUGGGAACCAGUAGGAAUGUUUGAACAAUGAACAACUAGCAGGCAUUUUUUUAAUUGUUAGAGUCAUUGAAACAGUCUUCUACAGUCCUGCAAAAAAACCUGAGCUCCACUGAGUUUAGGGGAAGAGGAGGGGCUGCCACCCACACAGGGGGCUCAAGGCAUUCCUGUGACUUACUGAAGGGCCCCUUGUGCCCAAGAAUGUCAGCGUGGUGCUCACAAAGGUGCAGGAGAAGCCACGGGCAUGGAUGUGCAGAGCCACUGAGAGCCACAGGCACUGAUCCUUCCCAUCCAGUGGGGGUUGCCUGUGCUGGCCUCCUGAGCUGUUGUUGGUGCUGUUCCGGCCUGGCUGCCAGCCUGGAAAACAAAGUUCCCAACCAAAGCAAGAGCAAGUGGGGAGGAACACAGAGAACAGCUCUGACAUUCCUGCCUGCCUCCAGCAAUGUUUCCAGAGCAAUAGGGCUGCAGAGGCUGAGCCUGCUGAGCUGCCAGAUGAAUAGAAGCAAUGGGCACCACUGUAGCAUCGUAAUACCCUUCAGCAGAGGAAUUAGAGCUCAGCCACACUGCAGCAAAGCUCCCCGGUUAAAAUCCUUUCCCCAGUCUGUUAAUACGACUACCAAAUAACAACAGCUUCCCUAUCUGUGAGGCCCUUUUAGACCCAGGCUUUAUAUCCUGCAAGCAGAAGACAGGAUUUUACCAGGGUGGAUUUCCUUGAAGCAGGAGGAUUGAAGAGUACUAUCGCUCAGCCAGGAAAGCACGGAGCAGCGGGGGAUCUGCCAAAGCUUCCCACAGCCACAGCCCCUGGCGCUAAGCUGUCUCAUUGUGAGGGUGGAUGCUGGGAGUGGAGGACCAGAGAAGAAGAUACACAAACUGCACAGGAUAUGUCCAAAGUGAAUGGGGUUCACAGCUAAUUGCUCUAAACACAGAUUUCUGUUUCAACAGCUGCUGAAGGGUAAGAGUGGUGUCCUGAAAGAGAGUUCAUGAUUUGCUUGCAUUAAUUUAAUGUAAAUUGGACUUUUGAAUCAAUCCUUCCCUCACCUUCCCAGCCCACUUACAGAAGGGACCCCCUAACCCCUCAGCAGGAUGAACAAGACCAAGGGAGCUUUUGAUAGCCCAGGCUGCACCUGGCAGAGCAGCACCUUCCUAACCAGUCUGGCACCACUGUUUGCAUUUGGACAGCAGGCUAUAGACACAGCCCUGAAUGUAAUCCUUAUCGUGGUCCUCCUCAUCAUCACCGUGUCUCUGGGAUGUACAAUGGACAUAGCCAAGAUCACAACUCGCCUCAGGAGACCUAAAGGUGUGGCAAUAGCCAUCAUGGCUCAGUACAGCAUCAUGCCCUUGACAGCAUCCAUACUGGGCAAGCUCUUCCAGCUGGGCACAUCAGAGUCCCUGGCCAUCCUCAUCUGCAGCUGCUGCCCAGGGGGAAACCUGCCCAACAUCUUUAGCCUGGCACUGAGAGGGGACAUGAAUCUCAGUGCUGUAAUAACUGCAUGCUCCAUGGUCCUGGCCAUCGGAUUAAUGCCACUGCUUCUGUACCUUUACUCGGGAGGACUACAUGAGGGUGAUUUGGAGGGCAAGGUACCUUACAAAGGAAUAAUCACCUCCCUGGUGCUGGUGCUAAUCCCCUGUGCCAUUGGCAUCAUCUUGAAUGAGAAGAAACCACAGUACACUGGCCUUAUCACCAAGGCAGGGAUGGCUAUGCUUCUGCUGUCAUCUGCUGCUAUAAUUCUUCUGUCCGUGGCCAGUAUGGGAAGCUGUAUCAUGGUUGUCUUCUCACCAUCUCUGCUGGGGACUUCUGCCUUAAUGCCCCUUACUGGAUUCCUGCUGGGCUACGCUGUCUCUGCAGCCUUCAAGCUCGAUGACCGGUGCAGGUGGACAGUGUGCAUGCAGACCUGCUGCCAGAACGUACAGCUUUGCUCAACUAUCCUCAAGGUCACCUUCGCCCCAGAGAUCAUUGGCCCCCUGUACUUCUUCCCACUACUCCACCUGCUGUUCCAGCUUGGAGAAGGAUUUCUCCUCAUCCUGGUCUUUCGGAUCCAUGACAGAAUAAAGCAAGCCAACGGCAAGUGCAGCCUUGCUCCUUUAUUUCUUCUAUUUUCCACGCUAAGCCAUAGACGCUCACAAUAUAACUAAUGAUAAAUUCCUGCUUUAUAAAGGCAGAAUCCAGCUGCUCUUUAACUAGGGAUUACAUACCCAACACAUUAAAAUUCAAAUCAGAGUCAAAAAUUCAGAGGUAACUGAAAUUCAACGGACUUCUCGCAUCAGCAGGAUGUUUCAUACAGCUACCUACUAUCAAAACUAUCAGUGCUCAGGUUUUCACAGUCUGGUGCUGUAAUCCACAGUGGACACCCUGCAAAAGUCAUGACUUGCACUAAGCACAUGCAAAGAGCAGGGGUGUUUGUGUGUGGCUAAAACUACACAAUAUAUUACAUAUUCUUUAAUGCAGCAAAUCCCAGCUUUGCUUCAAGCUGUUAAGUGAUUUCCUGAGAGGACAGAACUGCAAAACACCACAGCUAAAGGAAGGAAACAUUUGGCUCUUUUGCUAGAAAAGUACAUAAAGAAAUUGAAAUUUCAUUUUUAAAUAUAUACAAUGUUGGUAUAGAUGUGAAAUAGGCUCUUCUCCAAGUCCAGCAGGUCCCCAAUUCCAAAGCUCAGUGAGUGCACAGAUGGCUAAAGGGUGCACUGCUGAAUGAGAUCCUCCAGCCACCACCCCUCUGAGGCUGCCAGUCCAGCUGUUCUCCACUGUCUUGAGAGAGAUGCAGCAGUGUAGCUGCUUCAGGACCACUCCACCACUGCUUACAGCUAUGCUGGAGGCUAACUUCCUGGGGGGAAAACCCCACACCCAUUUGGAACCCUUGUGCUGAGAGCAAAGCAGAUGAUACUGGAAACAGACAUGCAGGUGCCAGCAAAACUAUUCUGACAAAAGGGUUGUAUUCCAGUCCCCGGGUCACAAAUGACUGGAAACAAAAUGGCUUCAGUCUUUUGGCAGGAAUGCCAAGUUCCUUCCUCUUGUUUUAAAUGACUCAGUAAUUCUAGUUAUAGCUGUCACAAUCUUUCCCUAUGCUGGUUUCAGAAUUACAUGUUCUCACAUUUUUCUCUUUUUUCAGAUGCAGCAAAAAUUAUCUGUGCAGGUGUGGACACAUUUAGUGCUCAAGAAAUGAAAUCAGUGUCAAGACAUUGCAGAAACAGUGGAAAAUCAGGAAAACAACAUACAGAUUCUGCAGCAGUUGCUCUCGCAACCCUCUAAGCUCUACCUUCUUCUGCCAGCUCAUAGGUUUCCAGCUGUUCUGUCAAAGACUUCUGAUUUCACAGCACCCUCAGAGCCAUCAGCACCCACAGUGUUAUUCCCCAAUGACCUUGCUCCAGACGAUGCCUUGCUCUGUCAGCCCAGAAAGGAGGAAACUUUCAAUGACUUCAAAGUCAUGGUGACAACCCUUUGGGAUAGCUGAAGAACACGCCAAGUGACUGUCCCAGUUCUGCCUGUAAGAAAAUAACUGCCUUCAUCAGUUCCCUUCCUUAUUUUCACUUACCUGUAACUGAGCUGCUGGCACAUCACGGAAGCAAAUCCUGACGCCAUCACUGCAGUUUGACAUAAUUUCUCCAACGGACCAGAAUGAGCUGUGACAGUUUCUCCAUGCAGAAGCCACCGAGAUCCAAUGCACAGCCAAGCAGCCCAUGGGCUGUUGGUUUCUUCCAUCCUGGAACAGGGACCAUGCGGUACCACCGAUCCCCCGCAGCAGAGGCCACACAAACCACGAUCAUGGCUACACAAACUGCCCUUGUAUGCAGCUUUUGGGCCCAGCAAGCUCUUCCUCCAAAACAUGAAUCUUAAAUGUGCCUUCUUUUGUAGCAGUGAACUCAACAUCACAUCUAUUCUAGACACCACCUAGGUAUGGUCACACUACACUCACAGCACCAGGGAAGAUUGGCAUUGACAUCUCCAAUGUCCAGGCUACACCUUGUAACCACAAAGCAAAUCAUCUUAAUUAAUAAACACGUUCAUACCAAGAACCUACACUUAAUUUCUGGCCAGAAACCAAGAUAAGCCUCCAUACUGGGAGUUUAACAGGAAGCCUAUCACUACGACAGCCAGUUCCCCAGGGAAAACGCUGACACCUGCUCAUGCUGCUUGCAAGGCAAGUAAGCAAUGUGGUCUAGAAACAGAAUUCAGAACAAUUAUUUAUAGAGCAGAUAAAUAAUACUUCACAUUUAGCCUAAGUCUAUGAUCCUUUUCAUCACAUUUAGUACCUUCAGCCAGCUGGGUUCCAGCUGAAGCCAAGUCCCACUUGGACACAGACGCCAAGUUAGUAGGAUCAGCUGACUCCAGCUCUCAACACAGCUGACCCGCCUGAUGAGUGUGAAUGCUGCCUUUACCCCUGCCAGAUAGAGGCCCCCUUGCUCCACACCUCGGGGUGAUCCAGCAUCUGCACCAAGAGAACGAAGCCUCCCAUUGCCCUAGGCUGACUGGUAACAACCCAGCUAACCGUGGAUCCGACCCCCUCUCUAGGCCUGCUCUCAGGAGUGCCCGGCAGCCCAAUACACUGCCAUCUCCACAGACAGACCCACACCGUGCAAGAGCUCCUCCUCCUUCCUCAGCCUGGCACCCAAGAACUCGGCAGCAGCAGCGACAAAGGGCUGCAGAGGCCAAAUGCCUGACCUCCCACAACGCCAUACCUUGCUCCUAGAGGAACACCUUGCACUUAUACCCUCUUAUCCAAAUGCCAGCCCAAGCCACAAAGAUCUUUUUAAAGGUUUCUACAGAUUACUAGAACAGCUUUGUAAAGCACUUUGUAAGAAAACAGAUUAUUUUAAAAAUGAAAUUCUUAUGUUCGCUUGUGGGUGAGGGCUUGAGAAAUACAGGGAUUGCAGAGGACUGCUGCCACUGGAAGGCACAAACACUGCAACACAGAACCUCAUGGUACUGCUGCUGCGUUACUCCCACCGACAUAAAAAUCCCUCUAGCCCCAGAAUGAGGACUAAUGCUUACCACAAUGGUUUACCUACACCUCAGUGUUCUCAUAUGAACAUGCACCAACACACUAGUGAAGUAUGCUGACCACAUGUGUCUUUAACAUUCCAUACUUAUUAUCCCAAGUGAUUAAAAGCUAAAUGACUCAUCCACUCCACUUUUUGCUAUGAACUAUGACAGCCUGAUUACCCACUUUCUUAUUUCAGAACAGACACAUCCAAGGACAUCACAUCAUGUAUUUAAAAGGACACUAAUUCUCACUCCUGCCCAGGAGAGUUACCAUUUCGUCACAGCUCCACCUUCAAGAAAUGUUUUACAGACUCACAAUCACUUUAGUAACACCAAGAAACAAACUAGAAGCAGAAAUGUUUCUUUAUACUUUAUUUGAACUUAGUCAUUUUUAGGUAUCAAGAAAUAAGAGUGCUUUAUAGAAUAUUAUUACCACAGGGCAGUGAAAUGGGCAUUUUCUUAGUGUAGUGCAAGUUAUAUCAAAUGAAAAUAUUCUAAAAUAAAGUUUUAUUACCAGUACCGACCAGCACUUAAUCCGCUGACCUAUAGCUGAAACAAUGUCUCAAAAGCACAAAAAAAUACCCUCUGAAAUAAAGCUUUAUGUACAGCACAUAUAGAGCUCUUAAGAUGCCUACAGCUGUUAGUCUGAGAUAUUAAACUGAUGUUUUUGAGUUGCUAUUCACAGUUGAAUACACUAAGAUUUAAGUGUUCAGAUGACUUUAGAGUACAAAAAAUUUGUCUGCUUUAGUUAUAAAGAGCUCUGCCAAUAUACACAAA